UCAUGAUCGGCUCAUAUCUAACGGAGUACUUUAUUUCUAACUACUGCAGGUAUUCGUGUAGUAGCUAACCGAAAAGAUAGCCUGUAUUCUAGCAUGUUCAAUUUCAAUAUACCUGCUGUCAUGACUGAACACCCUCUCAAAAUCCAUAGGGGAUCAUCCCUAUUUUUGACAGUGACAAUUAUUUUUGGACUAUUCUGUGAACUUCAUGCCACUAAGGAUAUAAAGUUCUUGGAUUCUCGGCAAGCUGAAUUAGUGCGCCAGUUACGAAGUUACGAAAUAUCCAUUCCAUGGAAAGUGACACAGGAUGGGAACUUUUUGUCUCAUCAACUGACUCAUCAUGUAUCUCAUAGACACGUUCGCUCAAUCUCAAAACAGAGUCAAAACACUCUUCACUAUAAACUCACCUUGAACAAUGAGGAAAUUCAUAUGCAAGUGGUCCCAAAUCACCGGCUUUAUGGGCCAGGGACAGUCAUUGAACGACGAAAAGGAAAAUUUCAAAAUGUGAGCGAUUCGGAAAUACGGCGAAUUCAUGACAAAAUGUGUUAUUUUGUUGGGGAGAUAAAAGGACAUCCUGGUUCAAAGGUGGCACUUUCAACUUGCAAUGGUUUGCGAGGGUUCAUUCAAAGCAAACAUGGACAGCAUUUUAUAGAACCAGUAGUUGGACAUACUAAUGCUGAAGGUCAGCAGCCUCAUCUUCUAUACGAAGGAGCUGCAUUACCCGAGCAUCUCGGAGGGAGAGAUUACAAUGAAGAUGACAAAAAGAAUUCAAGUUGUGGAGUAAAAGAUAAUGAAAAUGAAGAUGCUGAAAGAUUACGAUGGGAGAGAGAAGUUCGCGGGAAUGUUGUCAACCAUCAUAGAAGAAAACGAUCUUCGUACAGUUUAGAACGGAAUGUCGAGACGUUGGUUGUUGUUGAUGAUAAAAUGAUGGAGUUUUAUCAAAAGGAAAAUGUCGAAACAUAUAUUUUGACUAUUAUGAAUAUGGUAGCAGUAAUUUACCAUGAUUCUAGUAUUGGCAAUGCAGUCAAUGUUGUUCUAGUCAGAUUAAUAUUGCUGGAGGAGGAGGAGGAUGAUCUCAAGAUCAGUCACCACGCUGAUCACACUUUGAAUAGUUUCUGUAAAUGGCAAAGUCGAAUAAACCCCAAGGAGGACAAACACCCCACUCAUCAUGACGUCGCUGUCCUCCUUACCAGAUUUAACAUUUGUUCAAGGAAGAACCAACCCUGUAGCACGCUUGGUCUGGCCCAGGUGUCUGGGAUGUGUCAACCCCACCGGAGCUGUAACAUUAAUGAAGACACUGGCUUGGCUCUGGCUUACACAAUAGCUCAUGAGUUGGGACACAAUUUUGGUAUGAAGCACGACGGUCCCUCCAACAGUUGCGAGGCACCUUACGGUAUCAGACAACACGUCAUGUCUCCGCAGCUGGUCUCGGAUAGUUCACCUUUAGUCUGGUCUAACUGUAGCAGAGACGCUAUCACGAAAUUCCUUGACCGUGACUGGGGUUACUGCCUGGAAGAUGAACCUGGUGAUCACGACUUCGAAUAUCCAAUCAUUCCACCCGGUGCAAUGUAUGACGCUGACCAUCAAUGUCGUCUGCAAUAUGGAGCCACGGCAACACACUGUGAUGGCAUCGAGGAGGUGUGUACAACCUUAUGGUGUAAAGUUGACAACAAGUGUAUGACCCGUCUGGAGGCUGCAGCAGAAGGGACAUACUGUGAUAAGAAAAAUAAGAACAUGUGGUGCUUUCGUGGUGAGUGUACGACGAUUGGUGAGCGAGCUCAGGCAAUAAAUGGCGAGUGGGGCGAAUGGAGUGGCUGGGCGUCUUGUACAAGAACCUGUGGUGCAGGAGUCUCACAUGCUGAACGAUUGUGUAACAAUCCAAUGCCUGGUAAUGGCGGCAAGUAUUGUCUUGGUGAAAGGAAAAGGUUCAGAAUAUGUAAUACUAAGGGUUGCCCCCCAGAAGCUCCAAGCUAUAGACACUAUCAGUGUUCAGAGUUCAACACUGUUCCAUACAAGAAUCGUCUGUUUACCUGGGAACCAGUUUUCACACCAUCCACACCCUGUCAACUACAUUGCAAACCGAAAGAAAAGUUUUUCUCUGUGAUGCUCAAGGACAUGGUGACAGAUGGUACCUCAUGCGCUGUCGGCAAGAGGGACAUGUGUAUAUCAGGAAAGUGCCGGAGAGUUGGAUGUGAUUGGACGAUCGAUUCCAAAGCAAAGGAAGACCGAUGCGGUAUGUGUCAUGGUGAUGGCUCCACCUGCCUGACGGUCAAGAAAGAGUUCACCGAGAAACAAGGAUUAGGUUAUGUUGAAGCAACAGUCAUACCCAAAGACGCAAGGAACAUACGCAUUGAAGAAGUUGCAGAAGCAAACAACUAUCUGGCCCUGCGUAACUCUGAUGGGAAAUACUACCUGAAUGGUCAUUGGUUUAUCCAGUGGAGUGGUGAUUAUGAGGCUGCGGGAACCGUCUUCCAUUAUGAACGCAACGGCAACAAAGAGAAGGUGUUUGCUCCUGGACCCUUGAAGGAACAGUUGCAUAUCAUGCUCCUCUUUCAAAGUCAAAAUCCUGGUGUGGAAUUCGAGUAUACCGUUCCUAAUGAAAAUGCGACAGUGAGGCGUCCCUUCUUCAUGUGGAAGUUCACCGACUGGAGCCACUGUACCGUCUCAUGUGGUGGGGGUAUCCAGAGGAUGGCUGUGUACUGUGUGGAGCAGGAGGCGGGCAUUGUUGAGGACCACUAUUGCCACAUGAUACCUAAACCCGACGAUAAGAUCAAGGCGUGUAAUGACCAUAUCUGUCCUGCUAUGUGGUGGAUAGGUCCGUGGCAACAUUGCUCAGUUACAUGCGGCGACGGAACCCACAGGAGGACCGUCAUCUGCGUGCGGAGUCUCGGACCUGAUCAACAGAUGGCGCUCGAUGAUGAGGACUGUGAAGGCCUAUCAAGGCCUAUAGAGACAGAACCAUGCCGUCAUCGGGCGCAAUGUCCAGAGUGGAAAGUUGGUGAAUGGACCGAUGAAUGUCAUGGUGACCCGUGUGCCUCCCAGCAUCGUACAGUGGAGUGCUCUGACAAGGAGUUAGGAUGCGAUACCUACACUAAACCGUCCAUUGUUCGUCAAUGUGGUAAUAUACACUGUGGUGUGUGGACCUCUGGAGGCUGGUCAAAUUGCACCCAGCCAUGUGGCAUUGGCAUCCAGUUUAGAAGAGUGAAAUGCACAGGAGGAAACCUAUGUCGCUUUGACAAGAAACCAAAUUCGCAACGCUUGUGCAACGAAUUCCCUUGCCCAGAAAACAAGAUGCUGAUUACAACGACGCCAGCAGGACAUGAUAAUGAAGUUUUACGGAGUUACAUGCUAGGAACCCAGUCAGAUGCAGCUCUUGCUGAAAAGGAUAACUCAACUGAUGAGGGAAUGGUAGAGGAAGGGCAGGAGUAUGCUGUGGUCCAUCCGGUCACCCUUGCUGAGAUGAUAGGUGUCACAUCCUCAACUCCCGAGGAAAAGAUUGCAGAGACAUCAGGGGAGAACGAGGAAGAUGAGAAUCUCAGCAAUCAUAUUCAGAUUGAAGCCCUGACAACGUUGAAACCUCGAAGUAGGGGCAAAUCGUGGGAAGAUAUGGACACAAAAUUAGAAAAACUUAACACUGUUGAGAAAAAACCUGUCAGUACUCAUGAGUCGUCAGAACCAGCUACUAAGAAACAUCAUCCUCGGAGACAUCAUCAUGGACGUCGACGACACCGUCACCACCGACACAAAAAGACAUCUACAACUAAAGCAACAUCUACAACUACUGCUAGAACUCCGGUCCCAACUGCAUCUAAAACGCAGGCUGAACUUACACCUGAGUUAGUAUGGACAACAAAGCCAUCUGGGACUACUGAGGCACCUUCUAUUGAAAGAACUGAGAAGUACUUAACGGAAAUACCCGUCUUACAAACUACUGAUCUCAGCCAGAAAACAACGAUUUUAAUUCCUGAAGAAGUUGAUAGGCAGUCGACGAACGUUGGUGCGGAGGCAGCUAAGUCGCUUCAGUUGAAUAUCGAAAUGUCGGAGGAUGUAACAGAUAAUAAUUGGGACUUAUCAGAGACAAUCACAUCGCCAACAAACAGGGACUCCAGUCAAAAUAAAAUUGAACCGACAGAGAAAGCAAUGACAUCUCAUACCAAAACUGAUAUACUGGCAUCAAAACCAACAGAGGAUAAAUACAAUGUUGAAGUGAAUAUAAAAAGUUUUGCUGAGAAAAGUGAUGAUUCUCGCAAAAAAUAUUUAGUUUCAUCGAAAAGUGUUGUUGAGAAUAAGGACACUUCCAAUAAAGAGACGGACAAUGAUGAGAAAAUUGGUUAUAAAAAGGUUGCCGAUUCAAUGCCAAUGACUGACAAUGAUAAGGAACCUUAUUAUAAAAAUAGUGCAGAUUCAGUGCCCCUGAAAGAAGUGUAUGAAGACCUUGAUUUAGGCAAAGUAGAGGAGGAUGUGGUUUUACCAGCUGAUGAUGUGGAGGACCAAGGGGAGAUGGAUUCAGCCAUUCCAGCAUCUGAAGUCGCGUCGGAGGUGAAACUUACAAAGCCUCCACCACUGGAGGAGCCUUAUAAGUGGAUUCCAUUAUAUUGGAGUCAGUGUACGCGUCAUUGUGGUGGAGGAAUAAUGACAAGAAAAGUUCUAUGUGUAGAAACAAAGACAACAAAUGAGGUGCCUUCGGCAAAUUGUUAUAAACUAGAGAAACCAACGGACAUAUCAAAAUGCAACGAGCAUCCUUGUAUAGCGUGGGCUGUUUCUGAUUGGUCGCCGUGUUCUGCUACUUGUGGAUCGGGUGUCCAGAAAAGAGAAGUCUAUUGCCCACAGGUUCACCAGUGUGACCUGGUUGAAAAACCUCUGACACACCGUCCAUGUAAAGAAGCGUCUUGUAUAGUAUGGGUAGCAGGCUCCUGGAGCGAGUGUUCCAAGACCUGUGGUGGAGGACAACAAGCCCGUCAUGUCCAGUGCGUGAACCAGACAUCUUAUGAACCAGUUGUAGGUUGUGACGAUAGCCUCAAGCCACUCACACGACAACAGUGUAACACUGACGUAUGCGCUGUACAAAAUGCUGCUCUGAUGGACUGGCACCAUAGCUUUCACUGUACAUCCAAUCAGAUGAGCAGCCAUGUGUGUACAAUUCUCAAAAGGCUCGGGCACUGUAGUCAACGAUAUGUGCAAGUGAAAUGCUGUAGAACUUGUCGGCCGCACAAAAAGUCCAAGAAGCAUUUUGUCACAGCGUGAGGGUCUGAAUCCUCAUGAUUUUUGAAAGUUGUUAAACCUCGGUGAUAUUCUUCAGAAUCUAAUUCCGGAUUCUGAACUGAUCAAGGCCAUUUUAUUGAGUUGGGUCAAGGAUUGGACUUCCGAAUGGAGGCAUCUGCUGACAAUACUAGUCUUCAUAUGGAUGUGCCUUCUAUGAUGUUUGCAUUAGUUUUUCGCUUCUGAUUGUGGAAUUGUUGCUGGAAUUGACAAAGACUCUUCAUCAUCAUCACGUCCUACAGCUGUUCGGCCAUUGGGGCGACCCUGAGCUAUUGACAAUGCAGCACUGUACAAAGGUGGAUCAGGUCUCUGGUGUGAUGUACAGUUCAGUCCUUCACGUUGUCCAUAAUAAAGAAUAGUCUUUAUUAACUCCUGCUGUUAGCAAUCUAUGACAGACUACUUUUGUAUGAGCACAAUCUAAAAAAACUCAAACAUUUAUAAGGACAUACAUAUGUCCUUAUACAUUUUCGAUGAUAUCGGUGAUAUCGAUGAGAAAAAAAGAGAAAAAUCUCAUUUUUCCCCUCAUAAAAGGUACAAAUUUACGUCCCAACUGGCAAUCACAAUUGUGUUCAUUCAUAUGUGGAUAAAUUACUGUGAAAGUAAUGGCUGAAAAGUUAUAAUUUUCGAAUGAAGAGCCCCUGGCUUUCUUUAAAGAGUGGUCAGAGUUGUGAUCUGUUUUGUAGCCUCUUUAAAGAGUGGUCAGAGUUGUGAUCUGUUUUGUAGCCUCUUUAAAGAGUGGUCAGAGUUGUGAUCUGUUUUGUAGCCCUAUGCAAGUGUGACAGAAGACAGUUUUAUUCUAUUCGUAGAAGUGUGGUGAAGUCAGUUGGAGCUAACUUGCGCAAGAAAGACAGUUGCAGGUAACUUGCGCAAGACUGAUUUUGUUGGUGUGACGGAAGAGUGUCGAGGUCUACUUGUGCAGCAACAAUUAUGUUAGUGUUGCAGGAGACUAUUGCAGUCUAGUGCAUUUUUAACCAUGACAUCAUAAUGUUAUAGGAAUGGGAACGAAAGCUGAAUAAGGCUGUGCAUGGCAAAUAUGUAUCUAUCCUAUAGUUUAAUAGGAAAUGAAAUUAGCUCUUAUUCCAUUAUUUAUUUGUUCACAAUGAUUGUAAUGAAUUUCAAAGAUUCAUUGUUUGAUGUAUAGGAAAAUAUUGUCUCAUUAUGCUGACCGUCAGUCUGUAGGCGGUAUUUCUUUCUUUAAAUUGCUAUCUGGAGAAGCAGCGUGUAUCUUAUUAACUCCUUUUUGGGUAGGGAUAUUUUCAAUAAAGGUACCUCAAAAUAUCGUCGUUGCUAUCCAUUUUUGCCGGCAUUGCAGUGGUAUGGAGGGGUUUGCACCAACACCAAAUCAUUUGUUGAUGAUGGAAUGGCCACUGGGUUUGAGGUGACCAUGUGUAACUGGUUACCUAGUCAAAUGUCGAUGAGGGAAUUAAAUAAGAGGAAAAUAUAAUUUUGACAUGGAUUUUUCAGUCCGUAAUCAUACAAAGUCAUACGCGAUAUUUGGGAGCAGUCAGAUGUAUUUCGUGAUAUGAUUAACAUUUGCUUUUGUCAUAUAAGUCAGUUAUGACUGCGAGUUUAGUCUAUAGUCAAAAGUGUCAUGCAUUUCUUCUUCUUAGUUAGCAGUCGUUAGAUAAUAACUCUGUAUUACACUGAUGUAGUAUUAUUAAAGGUAUGUGGUGUCUAAAUGCUAACAUUCUUUUUGUAAGAUAUGCACAUGUAUGAUAAUAAUAAUAAUAACAACACUGAAAUAAUGCACUUUGUACUGGCAAGUAACUCUUAUGGUCAUAUUGAGUUAUUGAAUUAAUGAAAGAAUGAGAGUACAUUGUAGUUAUUAUAAAAUCUCAUAUUCUGUAAUGUCUCGAUGGCAAAAUGUUGGCAACGUGAUGAUGUCCAUCUUUGAUUUUACAUUGUGUCCUUUGCUGUCCAAAAAAUGACUAGUGCAAAUUUGAAUCAUUCAGUCAGUUAAACAUUUGGGGGUUUACAGUUUUUUGCAGUUGAAAAACUAAUUCUUGUCGGGUUUUUUGUCAGUUUUCUUGUGAUCAUUCAUCUGAAAGGAUGGUCUUUAUCUGCAAACCAUGGUAAGAUUGAUCAGCCCACUCUAACUUGUAAAUAAAUAGAUGCAUCUUCGUUUCAACUCAGUUGAUAUAAUCACAUCAAGGGGGUUGAGAUUGAAUGAAAUCUUUCUGUAGAUGCUAUUCAAUAAAUAAUGUACCAUAUUCAAAGACAUAAUUACAGUGAAUUCUGUGAUAAAGUAUCGUUCUGUAAUUAUAAAUGACCCCCUAGGACAAAAGGGCCAGCUGAUGUCAGAAGGAAAAUUGUCCCAAAAUCCACCCUUUAGUUUCGGUCUUUUAAUAUAGUUCAGUUUUAUCAAGAAAACUGGACAGUUGCAUUGUCCAGGGAGUAAAAAAAACCUCUAAAAAAAUUGGAAGUUUUACAGUACAUCUGUGAAAGAGCCUGAUUUAGUCAAGAUAUCUUGACUUUCUCCAGGCAAAUUAAUGCGGCUCUGAUAAAGAUGGAUUGUAUAGUCUUCAAUAUGCUGUGCUAUUGUACAGAAUACAUAAAUGUAUGAAUAAAUAUUUUUCAAUUUUUUAACAGUU